AGCGGGCAUCGGGUCACCAGUAGUGACAGCGGGCACUGGGUCACCAGCAUCAGGUCAUUUGGCUUGUCAGCGGGCACCGCGUCAUCUGGCAAGGCAUUGGCACCGGGUCCACCAGGCAUUGGAUCGUCUGGCUCGACAGCGGGCAUCGGGUUCACCAGUAUGACAGCGGGCACUGGUCAGACCAGGCAUCAGGUCAUUUGGCUGCCAGCGGGCACCGCGUCAUCUGGCAAGGCCUGGGCACCGGGUCUUAGACAGCGGGCUCUGAGUCAAUUGGCACGACAAAAAAAACAGCGGGCACUGAUCAGGUACCGGAUCAUCUGGAUCAACAGCGGGCAUCGAGUCAACUGGCCUAAUAGGAUCGUCGGGCUGGAUCAGCUGAGGAGAGGCAUCCGGCCUGAAAGAGGCAUC